GGAGGCAGGGCGGGCCUGGCAAGCGGCGCCGCGGGGUUGGCUGCUACCCUGAGGCUGGACUCAACGGAUCUGGGCUGCGCCACCGGGCGAGCUUGCCGCCCGGCCCCUACUCUAAGCCAGCGUGAGAGCGAGGCGGUGCCGCGCGAUUGGAUUGUAAAUGCAUCACCAAGAGGCAGCGCAGAAUGAAGAAAGCAAGCAGGAGUGUUGGCUCAGUGCCUAAGGUAUCUGGGACAAGUAAAUCGCAAACAACAGAAAAAAUUAAGCCUGAAAACAGUUCUUCAGUUUCUACUGGAGGCAAACUUGUAAAACCUGCAACAGCAGCAUCACUGUCAAAGACCAAGAGCAAUGAUGACCUUUUAGCUGGAAUGGCUGGAGGAGUAACAGUGACUAAUGGUGUUAAAGGAAAGAAAAGCACCUGCUCAUCUGCUUUACCUUCAGCAUCUGCCCCUGUCAUGACCACUGUGGAGAACAAAUCCAAGAUCAGCACUGGCACAAGCUCGUCAACCAAGCGGAGCACUUCUGCAGGUAAUAAGGAAUCCAGUUCUACCAGAGAAAGAUUACGAGAACGUACCCGACUUAACCAGAGCAAAAAGCUACCUUCUGCAGGCCAGGGAAAUAGUGAUGUGGCAUUGGCAAAGCGUUCCCGAAGUCGCACUGCUACAGAAUGUGAUGUUCGCAUGAGCAAGUCGAAAUCAGACAAUCAGAUCAGUGACAAAGCUGCUUUGGAAGCCAAAGUGAAAGAUCUCCUCACCCUGGCAAAAACCAAGGACGUGGAGAUUUUACAUUUGAGAAAUGAACUUCGAGAUAUGCGUGCUCAGCUGGGCAUUAAUGAAGAUCCUUCUGAGGGUGACGGAAAGUCUGAGGGGAAGGAAACCAUCAUUGCUCACCAGCCGACUGAUGUGGAGUCCACUUUGUUGCAGCUGCAGGAACAGAACACAGCCAUCCGUGAGGAACUCAACCAGCUGAAAAAUGAGAACCGAAUGCUAAAGGACAGAUUAAAUGCAUUGGGCUUUUCCCUAGAGCAGAGACUGGACAAUUCAGAAAAACUGUUUGGCUAUCAGUCUCUGAGCCCAGAAAUCACCCCUGGCAACCAGAGUGAUGGAGGGGGAACUCUGACUUCUUCCGUGGAAGGCUCUGCCCCAGGGUCAGUGGAAGAUCUCCUGAGCCAGGAUGAAAAUACCCUCAUGGACCAUCAGCACAGUAACUCUAUGGACAACCUAGACAGUGAGUGUAGUGAGGUGUACCAACCCCUCACCUCCAGCGAUGAUGCCCUGGACGCCCCGUCAUCUUCUGAGUCUGAGGGCAUCCCGAGCCUAGAGCGCUCUCGGAAGGGGAGCAGUGGGAAUGCCAGUGAAGUGUCUGUGGCUUGCUUGACAGAACGAAUUCAUCAGAUGGAAGAGAACCAGCACAGCACAAGUGAGGAACUUCAAGCAACCCUGCAAGAGCUGGCUGAUUUACAGCAGAUCACUCAAGAACUGAACAGUGAAAAUGAAAGGCUCGGGGAAGAGAAGGUCAUUCUUAUGGAGUCCUUAUGUCAGCAAAGUGAUAAGUUGGAACACUUUAGUCGACAGAUUGAAUAUUUCCGUUCCCUUCUAGAUGAGCAUCACAUUUCUUACGUCAUAGAUGAAGAUGUAAAAAGUGGGCGCUAUAUGGAAUUAGAACAGCGUUACAUGGACUUAGCUGAGAAUGCCCGUUUUGAGCGAGAGCAGCUUCUUGGGGUCCAGCAGCAUUUAAGCAACACUUUAAAAAUGGCAGAACAAGAUAAUAAAGAAGCUCAAGAAAUGAUAGGUGCACUCAAAGAACGCAGUCACCACAUGGAGCGAAUUAUUGAGUCUGAGCAGAAGGGCAAAGCAACCCUGGCAGCCACCUUGGAGGAGUACAAAGCCACUGUAGCUAGCGACCAGAUAGAGAUGAAUCGCUUAAAAGCUCAGCUAGAGAAUGAAAAACAAAAAGUGGCUGAACUGUAUUCUAUUCAUAACUCUGGAGACAAAUCUGAUAUUCAAGAUCUCUUGGAGAGUGUUAGGCUAGACAAAGAAAAAGCAGAGACUCUGGCUAGUAGUCUGCAGGAAGAUUUGGCUCAUACCCGAAAUGACGCCAAUCGAUUGCAGGACACCAUUGCAAAGGUAGAAGAUGAAUACCGAGCCUUCCAAGAGGAAGCUAAGAAACAAAUAGAAGAUUUGAAUAUGGCAUUAGAAAAACUAAGAUCAGAAUUGGAAGAAAAAGAAACAGAAAGGAGUGACAUGAAAGAAACCAUCUUUGAACUUGAAGAUGAAGUAGAACAGCAUCGAGCUGUGAAACUUCAUGACAACCUCAUUAUUUCUGAUUUAGAGAACACAGUUAAAAAACUCCAGGACCAAAAGCAUGACAUGGAAAGAGAAAUCAAGACACUCCACAGGAGACUUCGGGAAGAAUCUGCGGAAUGGCGACAGUUUCAAGCUGAUUUACAAACCGCAGUAGUUAUUGCAAAUGACAUUAAAUCUGAAGCCCAAGAAGAGAUUGGUGAUCUGAAGCGCCGAUUGCAUGAGGCACAAGAAAAAAAUGAGAAACUCACAAAAGAAUUGGAGGAAAUAAAAUCACGCAAGCAAGAGGAGGAACGAGGCCGAGUGUACAACUACAUGAAUGCGGUUGAGAGAGAUUUGGCAGCUUUAAGGCAAGGGAUGGGACUGAGCAGAAGGUCCUCAACCUCCUCAGAGCCAACUCCUACAGUAAAAACCCUCAUCAAGUCCUUCGACAGUGCAUCUCAAGUACCAAACCCUGCUGCAGCUGCAAUUCCUCGAACGCCUCUGAGUCCAAGUCCUAUGAAAACUCCUCCUGCAGCAGCUGUUUCCCCCAUGCAGAGACAUUCCAUAAGUGGACCAAUCUCAACAUCCAAGCCCCUAACAGCCUUGUCGGAUAAAAGACCAAACUAUGGAGAAAUCCCUGUUCAAGAGCAUCUACUGAGAACAUCUUCCACCAGCCGGCCUGCUUCUCUACCAAGAGUUCCUGCCAUGGAAAGUGCCAAAACUAUCUCAGUGUCUCGACGAAGUAGUGAAGAAAUGAAACGGGACAUCUCUGCACCUGAGGGUGCAUCACCAGCCUCUCUCAUGGCUAUGGGAACCACGUCACCACAGCUCUCGCUGUCGUCUUCCCCCACAGCAUCUGUGACCCCCACCACCCGGAGCCGGAUACGGGAGGAAAGGAAGGACCCUCUCUCAGCACUGGCAAGAGAAUAUGGAGGAUCAAAGAGGAAUGCCUUAUUGAAGUGGUGCCAGAAGAAAACAGAAGGCUACCAGAAUAUCGACAUCACAAACUUCAGCAGCAGCUGGAACGAUGGGCUGGCCUUCUGCGCACUCCUGCACACAUACCUUCCUGCCCACAUUCCAUAUCAAGAGCUGAACAGCCAGGAUAAGAAGAGGAACUUCACACUGGCCUUCCAGGCAGCUGAAAGUGUCGGGAUCAAAUCCACCCUGGACAUUAAUGAGAUGGUACGGACUGAGCGGCCGGAUUGGCAAAAUGUGAUGCUGUAUGUGACUGCCAUCUACAAGUACUUUGAAACCUGAGCACCAAGGCAGAUCUACUACCAGCUGGGACCUCUGCAGUUACCAGGCGACACCAAUGCCAUUAGCUCUGCACUCCUAAAGCUUUCUGCGACUUCUGGGCUGCCCUGCAGUGUGGGCGCUUCAGCCCAAGGCCUCUGAGUCGGGAGAACUCGGGCUGUGUGGCCCUCAGCACAGCACAGAGCUCCCCCACGAGGCCAGCUCACCCCGAGCGUGGGUGUGACACCCAGCUGCUUCUUUCUGCAGAGUAUUGACUGCAUUGGCACCCUGGGGAAUAAACACAGCGAGGCUGGUACCCAGCUGAACUUGGGGGAGUGGGAUUAAAUUGGGGGAGGGGGCUGCCCAUGGGCCAGUGAAAGCUUUUAAGCCACAGCUUCUACCUGACAUCAAGUGGGUCCCCUCAGAGGUGUGAAUGGGAGCCAGGAGGAAAAUGAAGGCCUGGCAGGUGUCUGCAUUCAGCACCGGGGCACAUCCAGCCUCAGCCCUUCACUGCAAGUGAGAUGGUCACUGCUCCAUGUGCCAGGCCUCGCUCGCUGGGUCGCUGUGGUUUAGGAGGUUUCAGCCUGAGUGAAGAGCCCACAGCUGGAUGAGUCCACACUGCUGCCAGCUUUGGUCUUCCAGAAGCAGGAGGCAGGGCCCUGGCCGGGAGCCUGGCCACCUGUCUCCAGCCCCACAAAGGACAGGUCACAAGGCAUUUCCCUAGUUAAAAUUUUUGUUUGUUUUAUUAUAAGCAAUAUUUGGGAAAAUAGCUCCUAUUCUGUUAGAACCAAAGUUAAAUUGUUUUAAUAAGCAUAGGAAUAAAACACAGUUUGGGUGUUGGUGUGGACAGCAAGGUUUUGUGGAAUAAGUAGUAGCAGGAGGCAAAGGAUGUGCUUUAGGAAGCCGGAGGUUCAGCCUGUGCUGGCGCAUUGAGACUCGCUCCUGGGAAGAAACUUAGACAGUGCCUUAGUCCCUUGUCAGGAUGGCCGAACCCUGUGCCUGCGGCCCGCCCUCCCAGGUGCUGGGCCUGCACCCCUUACUCACGGGUGAUCUGUUGGUGACUUUCAGGCUGAGACUCAGCAGCCUGUUUUAGAAGCUGGGAGCCCAUGUCAGGCACACUCCUGAUCCAGUGGCUGUUGUUUGACACCUGUAACUUCCAGAACACAGUGUAUUUGGUAACAGUAAAGCACCACAAGGAAGACUGACCUCCUGUGGACCCAGCCCCAUAAGCUAGAUGGACACAAGGAAGACUGGCCUUCUGUGGACCUGUCACAGCUCCGUCAGCUAGAUGGACACAAGAAGGAACACCCAGGACACCCACCCAGGACACAUGCAGGCCAGGGCUAAACCACUCAAGCAUAUGUUUUAAACUAGGAUUUUGACACAUGUAUGGUUAUUAGGGGGUGGGCUGUGUGUCUGUAUGUGAGACCUGUGAGAUUUCACCACAAGGUAAGUGGUAGCUGCCAUGUACCUUUGAAUGUCCUCACAUGUCCAUUUAGACUACAGUCCCCACGGGCAGGGGGCUCCCUUGUGAAUGCCCAUUUUCAGUUAAAGAAAUGCCUAGCCCUAGGUCAUUCCAGAAAAGACCCCUGGUGCAGGGCCAGCCCUUCCUGGUCAAGUCCUUUUCUGUCCUCUUGCUCUGCUGUGGCGGUUGGCAGUCAGCAUGAGUGACCAUUUGUGGAGAACCAUCAUCUCUGAAUGUUUCUCCCCUUGAUCCUACUCAGUUUUGCCUCUGUUCUCAUUGCUGUCAGGGAAGCCAGUCCACUGCCUGCCCCAAGUCAUGUUUUUGUUUAUUUAUUAUGUCAUGAGUGGGAUGUUUUGUCCUAUGAGUAGGAAGAUGUGUUUUUUUCUGGGCAUACAGUUCACAAUUGGGUGAAGUAGUGAGCAGGCGGGGCAGGGUGGAAGGUUUUUGAGGAAGGCCCUGCAGUGGGCUCUGUCCAUACAGAUAGCAUUUCUGUUCUGGAAUCCAAGGGCCCAGCCUAAUCCUGAGAGCAGCAGGAAGAGCAGAGAGCGGACUUGCGAGGACCAUCCCGACCCUGCCUGUCUAGAGGACUCUGCCCGGUGUGGAUCCAGCUUCCCACCCUUGCAGUGAUGGUCCACAAAGGCACAGGCUCCAGAGCACUGCUUCUUGCCUUUUCUAAUAGGCUCUUCCAACACUGCUCUGUGGACCUGGCAAGCCAGGGUCAUGUGUGUUUAAAAGUGAUGUUUGGAGGUGCCCCCCUUUAAAGGGCACCUGCUAUGAAGCCUCUAGGAGUCAUUUUUGCCUCUUUUUCCCUUCAAGCACAAGCUUUAUUGCAAAAGGGCCAGUUACAUUUCUAUUUCUAUCACAGAUUUCUGCUGACUGAUGAUAAUUUGUUAUUUUGUUCAGUAAAUACUCUUGAAUGUAUUAAAACUAUUGAAACACA